CUCACUUCCCACACUCCCAGGCCAGUUUCUCUCCUUCCCCUCCCCCCUUCACUCCUCCUCUUUCCGGGAGCCUCGUGCCGGGUCCUAGAGGGGCAGAAUCUGGAUGUCGAAGGGGGCGGGGUCGGGUCCUAUCCCUCCUACCCUUGGGCCGCGGAAUAUAAGGCUCCAGGCGAGCAGGGAUCCGGUCCACACAGGGUCCGGAGGAGCAAUGGUCACCCGGGAUCGAGCUGAGAAUAGGGACGGCCCCAAGAUGCUCAAGCCGCUUGUGGAGAAGCGGCGCCGGGACCGCAUCAACCGCAGCCUGGAAGAGCUGAGGCUGCUGCUGCUGGAGCGGACCCGGGACCAGAACCUCCGGAACCCGAAGCUGGAGAAAGCCGAGAUACUGGAGUUCGCCGUGGGCUACUUGAGGGAGCGAAGCCGGGUGGAGCCCCCGGCCGCCGCGGCUCCAGGGGUUUCCCGGUCCCCAGUCCAGGACGCCGAGGCGCUCGCCAGCUGCUACUUGUCCGGUUUCCGCGAGUGCCUGCUUCGCUUGGCGGCCUUCGCGCAUGACGCCAGCCCGGCCGCCCGCGCCCAGCUCUUCUCCGCGCUGCACGGCUACCUGCGCCCCAAACCGCCCCGGCCCAAGCCGGUAGAUCCGAGGCCUCCAGCGCCGCGCCCAUCCCUGGACCCCGCCGCACCGGCCCUUGGCCCCGCGCUGCACCAGCGCCCCCCAGUGCACCAGGGCCCCCCUAGCCCGCGCUGCGCAUGGUCCCCAACCCUCUGCUCCCCGCGCGCCGGGGAUUCUGGCGCGCCGGCGCCCCUCACCGGACUGCUGCCGCCGCCACCGCCGCCUCACAGACAAGACGGGGCGCCCAAGGCCCCGCUGCCCCCGCCGCCCGCUUUCUGGAGACCUUGGCCCUGAGCCUUGGGGGGUGGUGGGGGCGGGGUCUAGGGGUGGGGUAGAGACUCCAGCCCGAGGGCAGCAGAGGGACCCGGGCGUCCGGGCGAGCAGGUGUUGGGGAGGGCGGUGGGGCGCGCGGGCUCAGCGCGCGGGUGAGAUGUGGUCUAUAUUAGAGUAUCUAUAUAAAUAUAUAUUUCCCUGGUUCCUGUCCCUUUUCCCUGCCCCAACUUCUCCCUUGCGUCUAGGAUUGUACCCUCUCUGCCCCUCAGCCCAGUCCCAGUCCCUUCCCGAGUCCCUAGUGCAUGGAAUAAAGUGGUUAUUAAAUCCCCGUGUGUCCCCGAGCCAGGGGCCUGCCUUUAUCUCGACGUCCACGCCCACUUUCCCUUCCCUUCUGUCUCCCACCCUCAGUCCUGCUCUCCAUGGCCCAAGCCCCGGGGCAGACAGGUAAGUAAAGAAGAGAGCAGAGCGGGAACUGAGAUCGAAAUUGAAACCAGGUGGGAAGAGAGAGAUAGGGUAGGGGGAGAAGGGAUGGGGGCCUUUAAGAAAAAAACGGAUAAAAAGGAAAAAUUGAAAUAAAAUCGACUCUGGUGGGAUUCGAACCCACAACCUUUGAAUUGCUCUUUCGUCACUAGAAGUCCAAUGCGCUAUCCAUUGCGCCACAGAGCCACCCGGCGAGCGGCGGCGUCUUGUAGCUUACGGGUACUAGAGUGGGAAUGGGGCAGGGUUGGGGAGUGGGGCCAAGGGACUUGGGCGGGACAUGCCAGGAGGGCGCGGUUUGGAUCUCAGAGGCCAAGCCAGGUAGAGGUAGCGGGCGCAAAGCAUGUUAGCCAGGUGAGAGAGAGGGCGCACAUGGGUCUAAAAAACAGGGAGGGAGAGCAACCGAAAAUGGCUGAGCGAGCGAGUGCAGAGCUCCGGCUGCCCGCUUGGGGGGUGUUUCCGGCUCAGGCGCUCCCCACUCCCAGAUAUAGUCCCACCCAAAUAAACUAGUUUUGUUGUAAA